AUGGGUCUUGGCAUUUUCAUAGUUAAGAUCCUUCAGAUCAAACAAGUAUCUUUUGUUUCAGGUUUCCUUUACAUUUAUUCUUUGCUGUCGGUUGACACGGGAAAUUGUAAACCUAAGCAUAGAAAAUUAAAACCAUAUUCUAAACAACAGUUGUCAUAUCAACAACAGCUGCGAUAUAGAUCUAGAGGUCGAUUGGCAAAAACUGGUAGACAACCUCCAGCACCAUAUAAUACCACACAGUUUCUUAUGGAUGAUCACAGUCAUCUUCCAGAUCUUGACCAAAAGCUUUCAGAAGCUGCAUCUUCAGAAUUACCUGCUACAUUUCAAAAACCAUCAGCCCCUUCUCGUACACGAGAUUCUAGUUUCAGUGUUGACUCUGAUGAAGAUUAUUUUUAUUCGUCUCCAGAAGACGAAGAAGAAUUUUUAACAAAGGAAUUCUCAACUGCGUAUGAAGACCUUCAUGCUGAAAGAUUAAGCACAUUAAGCAAAUCAGAACUGAUACAGGAAUAUCUUCAGUUAGAAGCAAAAGUAGAUUUAUUGACAAAACGGUUACGUGGUAAAAAUUUCCACCAAACAGAACAACGAGACUUGGAAAGCAACAGUAGUAGUACAGAUUCAGAAUCAGCAUAUAAUCCUCAAGUUUACGUGACAUAUACAAAAGUGUAA